GUCCGCGCAUGAUGCGCGUCGCGCUUUUUCGUCGGGUGAUUCAUCCUCCUCCUUUUGCUUCCGCGUUCACGCCUGGCUUCUUCUUCUUCUUUAUCGUUGUCAUCGUCUUCUCGUAUUUACCUGCUGCUGCGUCGCCGUUUUCUUCGCGUUGGCUCCCGUCCGCGCGGACGAUGUCGUCGCGACGCGACGAUUUUCUCGUGGAAAUUCUCGUACGGCGACACCGUGCACGUCGAUCGAUAUCGGUAUUAUAGGCAUCGGAACGCAGACUGUGGAACCUAACGAUUCGAGACUUGUAACAUUUUGAAAACGUCUCCGUUAGUUGCGCUAGAUACUUCUAUAAGUGACUGUAUCUCGAGCGCUCUGUGUGUAAGAUAAGGAGCGAGAAGGACUUUAUGAACUGGCACCUUAGGACACUUUUGAGAAGAGAGAUAUAGUUCGUGUGAGUCAAGUGACACGCAAACAGAUCGGACGAUUUAUCUGGCGGGUUGUGUCGUAAAACGAAGGCCGUUAAGCUGCUCGAGGCCUCACGACGCUUUUGAACACCUUUGAUGAGAGACACGUGGAGCAUCAGCUCGCGCCGAGGUCGUUCAGAGCUGUGAGCGAUUCGUCGUUUUCGACACCUACGGUGGCCGCGAAAAGGUUCUUGGGAGCCGCCUGAUGGCACCCGAUCUCGAGAAGAGGCGCCAGGAAUUAAGGAGGGGCAGCAGCGGGACCUUGGACCAUGUCAACGAUCAUCCGGGCAUGCUCUUACAGUUGAGGUGUGCAAACGGCACGGCGGAUCCUCAUUGUCAUGGUAGCAAUGCAGGCGGUGCGCCGUCAACGGUGACAGCAUCGUCCGUCUCGAGAACCACCGCGGAUAAUCGCGCCCACUCUGCGACCAGGAGGACCGUUACUAAUAAUCAGCAGCGACAGCAGCAACAAACUCCACAACAACAACAACAGUCACAGCAACAGAAACAGCAGCAGCAGCAACAGCAACAACAACAGCCGAAACAAUCCAGAUUCCCAUUGUUGUCUCUCGGCGGCGUAACUGCGAGGAUUUCUGAUGAACACGGGCCUAGAACCGGUACGACGCCAGACGACAAUUCGAACGACUCCGGCCUCGGCUCUGAGGAACGUCAGCAGCACUUCAACAAUAUCAAUCUCUGGAACAACGUUGGCGAGGAGGAUUCGAAGAGAAGGAAAAUGGAUAUCAAAUUAGAGUCCGAGGACGCGAACUUCGCGUUUCCGGAAGUAACACCGGGAACCAGCCCCGACAAUAAAUCGCCGACGGUCCGAACGGUUAAUGGGAUCGGUUUGGGAGGAAUAUCCGGCAUUAAGUCCGGAAACGGUUCCAUCGGUAGAGUUGUAGGAAUAAGCAGACCUCGACCCGCCGUGCUGAGCAAAAGAACACCGAACACCCAUCAGGGACCUAUCACUCUUAUCUCGCAACUAUCCAAUGUUUCCGCCGACGGCAAAACCCAACUGCAGAUCGUCUGUCAACCCGAGCAGCAGCACCGGGCCCGCUAUCAAACGGAGGGCUCGCGAGGCGCGGUGAAGGACCGCAGCGGGAAUGGCUUUCCCAUCGUUCGACUGAUCGGCUACGACAAGCCGACGAAUCUGCAGGUGUUCAUCGGCACUGAUCUCGGCCGAGUGGCACCCCACAUGUUCUACCAGGCCUGCCGUGUUAGCGGCAAGAACUCCACACCCUGCAUCGAGCGGAAGCUCGACGGCACGAUCGUAAUAGAGAUCGACAUGGAUCCGGCGAAGGACGUUACCUGCGACUGCGUUGGCAUUCUUAAGGAGCGCAAUGUCGACGUCGAGCACAGGUUUCCUCAGGAAGCCGGGCUGCUACAAGGCAGAAGCAAGAAGAAGUCCACGCGGUGCCGCAUGGUCUUCCGCACGACUCUCACACACGCCGACGGGACCACAGAGACGCUGCAAGUCUGCUCCCAACCGAUAGUCUGCACCCAGCCACCUGGCAUUCCGGAGAUCUGCAAAAAGUCUCUGACGUCCUGCCCGUGCACGGGCGGAUUGGAACUCAUCAUACUCGGUAAGAACUUUUUGAAGGACACCCGAGUAGUCUUUCAGUUGGACAGCGACGAUCUGACGAGCAGCCUGGAGCCGCACUGGGAGUGCACUGUGCUGCCGGACAAGGAGCAUCUGCACCCGGUGCAUCUGGUGUGCGUGAUACCGCCCUACCGCAGGCAGGAUCUAGCGCCCACGGAAACGGUCAGCGUCAAAUUGUUCGCGGUGUCGUCCGGAAAGACCAGCGAACCUCACACCUUCCUCUACACGGCUGUUUCCACCCCCCCGCAGCCGUCCAUAGGCAAAGUCGAGUCCAUCUCACCCUCGCUAACGAACGGCGACGCCAGCCUGGCCGCGUCCUCCGCCGCGGUGCCGUUGGCCACAGGUAUCGCACCCGGCAGUCUAUUAACGCAAACAACUGCGGGAGCUGCAAACUUCCUGUCGAAUGCACCGGCCCAGUCGCAACAAAGUACCUCUUCGGAGACUGUCAAGAGCGACCCGAGUCCACCACCGACAGGAAUAUCCCAAGUGACUCCCGUGAUGAUGUGGACCUCACAGUCCUCGAACUCGCCUCCCGACAUCAUGAUGCCGCCACCGCUCGUAGCAAAUCCUCUAAUGAACCGACGAUCCUCGUCCAAUCUACAGCUGAUCCUGCCGGACAACCUGAAAACAGAAGUGCUGGAUGAAAACAGUCAGAAUAGUAUGCUAAGUGAAAAUAGCAUGCAAAGCAUUCCGACGCCGACGACGGCAACGAACGGGCCGACGUCGGUCACCUCUCCCCUUCAGCAGUUGGUUAACGAGAACUCCAGAGAAGCUGCACCCUCGCAAGCCGAUAUUAUCCGGACCGUCGCGGCGGCCAAUAACAGCCCUGUGCAAGAGACUGUAAGCGGCCUUCUCGGGGUGGUGGAUCUGAUACGUACUCAGCAUCCUCUAUCGAUGGUGAAUGCACAUCAAUGCACGACUUCGUUUGGAGGCAUGCAUGAAUCAACUCAGGUCCAAGUUCUUAGUCCUCAUCGCCUUAAGGACACGAACAGUGUCCCGCCAACGGACAAUGGCUCCAAUGGAGCUGCCCUUCAAGGUGCCGGCGUAGUGGAUCUUCGCAUGAAACACCACCAUCAUCCCGACUUCGGUACGCUAUCGAGUUUCACCGGUGCUUCCGGGACGCAGCCGUUGUCAGCGCCGAGCAGUCACGUGGUGGAAAAGUACCUGAAUCACAUAGAGACCUCGGUCGGCACCACCGAAGAAUCUAAUAAUCCAGAAAACGAGUUCGCUAUGCAACAGCAGCGGGCUUCCAUUAUUUCGGGAAGCAACCAACAGUCGGCGGCCCCGGGAAUACUAACCAAUGCAGCACAAACUUCAGUAAAGUCAUUGGACGCUUUAGUGAACUCCGCAGCUGAACAACUGGUCUCUCCGUUGCACUCGGUGAAUCCUAAUCCGACUGCAAUGUUGAGCCACGUGGCAGCGGAACACGAGCCGAUUGGUAGCGGUCAGCAGACUAGAACUAGUCCACCGAUUCCGGUGAAGACAAUGCUGCUGGAAGCGCUGAUCCCGUCGCAGACGGUGCAGCCAAUGGCAGAGAUUGCGACAACGGUAGCGCCUACGGCGACGAUCGAACAAACGGGAGAUAAUUUGCUAACUAGUAUUAACGCGGCGCUAUUACCGCCGUUGCCGGAGGCGCAAGUCAGCGCAGCAGCCGCCACGUCAAACACUACGGUAUUUCUUAACCGAAAACAAAAAAAACAUAAAUGGACCGAGAAAGUUGCUGGCAAUGUGAAUCCGGCAGUCGCGGCGGAGCGUGCGAUGCAGCAACAGAUGCAAGCACUCACACAACAAGAGGUAGCCGUGAUGCAGCAACAGGUACAACAGGUGGAACAGGUAGUAGCGCAAGCGCAGCAGCAAGUCGAGCAAGUCGUUGCGCAAGCGCACCAACAGGCGGUCCAGGUAGUGCAUCAGGCCCAGCAACAGGUAGUUCAGCAAGUGGUGCAGCAUGCUCAAGUAGUGCAGCAAGCGGUGCAAAAGGUGCAGGCUGUGCAGCAAGUUCAAGCAGCCCCCCAAAUGGUGCAGGAGGCUGAAGAAGAGGUGCAACAAGCAGUGCAUCAAGCAACGCAGGAAGUGGUGCAGCAGGUUCAAGCAGUACAGCAGGCUAUCCAACAGGCUCAAGCGGCCCAGGCCAUGCAGCAGGCUGUCCAGCAAGACAUCGGCUCCAUGCUGAGCCAGCCCGCGAAUCUUGUGGCCGAAGCCAGCUCCGCUCUGGCUAGCGGGGCCGCCCAGGAACCCUCUCAACAGCGUUUGACCAACGCGGCGGAGCAAGCUAUCAACAAUGUCAUCACCAACGCCACGAAGGACAUUAUCAACAAUCGGCCGAUCUCGACGACCACCGCUCACGCAAUCAUCGCCACGAAGAAAAUUCUGAACAGCGUGGCGACCCAAAGCGCACAGUUGAUGAACAACGCGAUGGAGGGGAUCCUGCCCAAGUCCCCCUCGGCGCAAAACAACAUCAUCGAGCAGGCGCAAAACAACAUCAUCGCCAACAAAUCGCCGCCGGUACCGGUCGCACUCCCGGUCACUCCAAAUCGCCAGACUGUGAACGCUCCGAUUCCCAAUCCCGCCGCGAGUGCCGCGUCCAACAGGAAGACCGAGGACGGAAUGUUGCCCCAGGAGCUCACCUCCAUGUCGGAACACGAUCUUCUGAGCUACAUCAAUCCCAACUGUUUCGAGCAGCUUCCGCAAAGCGGAUUCCUCUUGUAGUACAAUCGCGUUUUCUCAGCAGAGGCGGAGAGAAUGACAUUUUCUCCGACGAAAUUUAUUUUUCCGAAUGAAAAAAGUUUAUAAAGGAAUCUGCCUUCUGUCUCCUGCAUUUGGUGCUAAAAAUAUAGCUGGCUAGUUUCAAAUCUCACUUGCCUCACAUUGAAGAGUGUUUAAAACGUUACAUGGAGCUUAGACCUAAGGCCGUUAACUAGCUAAAUGUGGGAUACAUGAUUUCAAGAACGUUUUGGACAAUGAAAACGUCUUGUAGAAUA